AUGUACGCAGAAGAGGGCAGACGCAGCUCCGGAGCCGUCGGGGCAGUGCCUUCCUGCGGCGGCUUGGAAGGUGGGGAGUCCCAGCGGCCAGUCAAUGCGUGUGCGGGAGCCCCAGGCAACGGGACUCAGGGCCGCAGCUCCGGGAGCCUGGACACCGUGGAGGUGCCGGCGGGGGCGGCGCUGGUGUUGCGGCUGCUGAUCGCUGCAGUGUACCUAGCGGUGUGCGCGGUGGGCCUGGUGGGCAAUGUGCUGGUGAUGGUGCUGGUCCGGGCGCGGCAAAGACGCCGGCCAUCGGCCUUGAACUGCUUCGUCCUCAACCUGGCGGCCACCGACUUCCAGUUUGUGCUGACCCUGCCCUUCUGGGCGGUGGACACAGCCCGGGACUUCAGCUGGCCCUUCGGGAGCGCCAUGUGCAAGAUCGUGCUUUCGCUGACUGUGCUCAACAUGUACGCUAGCGCCUUCUUCCUCAGCGCAAUGAGCAUCGCGCGCUACUUCACCGUGGCUGGGGCCUUGCGCCGCCGCAGCCUGGACGACGGAGGUGCCGCCUGCUGCAGGGCGGCCACCCCAGUGUGGGUGUGCGGCCUGCUUUGGGUCGCCGCCUCCCUGGCCACAGCGCCCACGGCUCUCUUCUCCACUACGGCCAGUGUGGCCGGCGAGCGGCUGUGCCUGCUCCGCUUCCCCGACGGCAGCUGGGACUGGCUGGCUCUCUACCACGUGCAGAAGAUAACCGUGGCCUUCCUGCUGCCCCUGGCCACCUUGUCCGCCUGCUACCUGCUGCUGCUACGCUUCCUGCGCCGGCGGCCAAGGCCUUGGCUACGGGGGAGCGCCGGGCCGUCGGGGGCCCCCGGCAGUGGCCGGAGGCCCUCGCGAGUGACUCGCUCCGUGACGGUGGUGGUGCUCGCCUUCUUCCUCUGCUGGCUGCCCAAUCACGCCAUCACGCUCUGGGGGGUGCUGGUUAAGUUCAACGCUGUGCCCUGGGACCGGGCCUACUACCUGGUGCACAGCUACCUGUUCCCGGUGACCAUCUGCCUGGCGCACGCCAACAGCUGCCUCAACCCGCUGCUCUACUGCCUGCUGCGGCCCGAGUUCCGGCAGCUGCUGUGGGAGCUGUGCUGCCGCCGCCGCAGUCUCUCGUCCUCCAGCCCAGCCAAGGGCGGGCCGGCAAGUGCCGCCUCUGGACCGGCCCAGAGGCGAUGGAGGAGCUCGAGCUGCAGCGAGCCGCUGCCCCCGCCGGGCCGAGUCUGA